CAUAAUUGUUGACUCAGAGGAGAGGCCAAUCUUAUCUUUGCACCGAAAUUUCGCUGGCAACUUCAUUUGAAUGUGUUCAAACUUCAAGUUUAUUGGGAAGACGACGUUCAGUAAUGAUUCCACCCGAUAUACCUAAGAAACUAGUAGUUGUAGGAGACGGUUAUUGUGGCAAAACAUCUCUCCUGACAUCGUUCUGCAACAAUACAUUCUCAGAGUCCUAUCUACCAACGAUACAUGAAACUUACCUCUGUACUGUGAAAUAUGGGGAGCAGGAGGUCACUUUCGCUCUUUGGGAUACAGCAGGCGAAGAAGACUACGACAGACUUAGACCCUUAUCUUACCCAAGAACCGACGUGGUGCUCAUGUGCUUCAGUGUGGACAGCCCUAUCUCCCUAAAAAACAUAUAUAGUAGGUGGUACCCGGAAAUAAAACAUUUUUGUCCAUCAGUACCGAUUAUUCUAGUGGCUACAAAACUGGAUUUGAGGUAUAAUAAAGAUAUUGUAGAUGAUUUGAAGCAAAGAGAUAUGGACACAGUAUCUUAUUCAGAAGGAGUUAAGGCUUCUAGGAAAAUCAAAGCAGAUGGCUAUAUUGAGUGCUCUGCAAAAACUAUGGAAGGUGUGAGAGAAGUGUUUAGAAAAGCAGCUGAGGCUGCCACAAAGAAAGAGGUUAUGAGAAGAACACCUUGCGUUCUUUUAUAGGAUCUUAUGUUAACGUGAAGUGAGAAAAACCUCAAGAAAUACUAACAGAAACUAUUAUACUGAUUUUCUUCACUUUGGUCAGCAGUACAAGAUCAUUUUAAUUUAGAAGCAAGAUGACCUGAACCAGAGUGUGUUCUUUGAUAGACGUCAGAAACUCCUAUAGUGCCUGUGUCCUGUGUUAUUUAUAAAAAUUUGAGUGAGUGAGAAGUAGUGUUUAUGAAAAAACAGUGAAGGUGAAAAAGACUGGGAUUUGGCAGUAGAAAAUAGUUCUUGUUUUAAGUACUUGAAUAGCAGGAUUGUGUAUAGGUAAUAAGAAAAUUACAGUAUUGCAUUUUUUUUAAUAGAAAAUCGACUUGAUUCCUACACAUUCCGGAAUAGUACCACAAAUUUUAAAUUUGUAUUUAUUUAUUCCAUUGCCGUUUUCUAUUCUUUCACUGUAUAUUAUAUGUAAGUAUAGUUGAUGAGAUAUAAAUUAUUUGAAGUUUGA